AUGGGAGACAAGUUCAACUACUCCACGGAUCAAGAUAAGCAUCUUGUUUCUCUCUUCUUCCAUGGAGGUGGCUACUUGAACACUAGUCCGUCUUAUUGGAAGAGCUUUGAACUACUUAAGAUACUUGACUUGGAAGAUUUUGGGUUGAAGAUUUUACCGGAAACUAUCUGCACAUUGAUGGAAUUAAUAUACUUGUGGCUGAGAAAUAAUUACAUAAAAGAGCUUCCACAGUCGUUGGUGUGGUUGAAAAAGCUUGAGGUUCUUGACAUAGCUCAAAACUUUAUGGUGGAGGUGCCACAUGUUAUAUGGGAACUGGAUAGUCUUCUUCACCUCUACAUGUCUGAUGUGAUUUGCCGGAAGCCUUUCAAGAUAGUCUGGCCGCAGUCUCUGGAGACCUUAACAUACGUCUCGAUUGAUAAUUGUCUGCUCUUGGGCUUUGGAAAGUUUGUUUGUCUUAAGAAAUUGGGCAUAGAAGGAUUGGAUGGAAACUCAAAUGUGAGCAAGCUCUUUGUAUCAUUGGCUGUGCUGGCGGAUAUUAAACACCUAAUCUUAAGAGGGUAUCGUUUCAGAAGCAUGCCUUGUUUGGAUGAGAUUGGUUACCAAAUAAUCUCCCUCCAAAAAUUGUUUCAUUGA